CGCAUCUCGAUCUCUCAGCCUCUUCUCCUCUUCGUCCUCCUCCCCAUCGCCCUCGAUCUCCGCCAGCAAUGGCGGCCUCGCCGGAGCCUACGCCCUCAGUAAACCUCCGGAGCGCCUUCGGUGGUGUCUUCGGCUUCCUUAUCCUCGUGCUCAUUGGGGUACUCGCAUUCUCGAUCCGGAUCUUCUCCGUCAUCAAGUAUGAGAGCGUGAUUCAUGAAUUUGAUCCGUACUUCAAUUAUAGAGUCACUCAGUUUCUUUCAAAGAACGGAAUUUAUGACUUCUGGAACUGGUUUGAUGAUCGGACAUGGUACCCUCUUGGUCGUGUUAUUGGUGGAACCGUUUAUCCUGGGCUGACACUGACUGCAGGCUCGAUGUGGUGGAUAUUAAAUUCUUUAAACAUUCCUCUAUCAGUGGAGACUGUCUGUGUAUUUACUGCACCAGUGUUUUCGGCUAAUGCAGCUUGGGCUACAUACCUCCUGACAAAGGAAGUAAAGGGUACUGGAGCUGGAUUGACGGCAGCUGCUCUUUUGGCAAUGGUUCCUUCGUAUAUAUCCAGAUCUGUGGCUGGCAGCUAUGAUAAUGAGGCUGUAGCAAUAUUUGCUUUGAUCUUCACAUUUUAUCUGUACAUAAAGACACUGAACACAGGAUCACUCUUUUAUGCUACACUGAAUGCUCUAGCAUACUUUUACAUGGUAUGUUCUUGGGGAGGCUACACAUUCAUAAUAAAUCUCAUUCCAAUGCAUGUCCUCCUGUGUAUAGUUACUGGUCGCUACUCGUCACGCUUAUACAUUGCCUAUGCUCCUCUUGUUGUCUUGGGAACUCUUCUAGCCUCUUUGGUGCCUGUAGUUGGUUUCAAUGCUGUGAUGACAUCUGAGCAUUUUGCUUCAUUUUUGGUAUUUAUUAUUAUCAAUGUGGUGGCUAUUGUUUAUUAUAUUAAAGGAUUACUCUCCCCAAAAAUGUUUAAGGUGGCUGUGGCACUUGUUCUGACAAUUGGCAUUUCUGUUUGUGUUGUUGUUAUCGGUAUUCUUGUAGCAUUGGUGGCAUCUAGCCCAACAAAAGGAUGGAGUGGACGCAGUUUAAGUCUUCUUGAUCCAACUUAUGCAAGCAAGUAUAUACCGAUCAUCGCCAGUGUUAGUGAACAUCAACCACCAACUUGGCCAUCGUAUUUCAUGGAUAUCAAUGUUUUAGCGUUCCUUGUUCCAGCUGGAAUUAUUGCUUGCUUUUUGCCACUAUCUGAUGCUAGCUCAUUCAUGAUCUUGUAUAUAGUGACAUCUGUCUAUUUUUCUGGAGUAAUGGUUCGCCUUAUGCUUGUGCUAGCUCCUGCUGCUUGUAUUAUGUCUGGAAUUGCUCUUUCUGAGGCCUUCAGUGUAUUCACUCGGUCAAUUAAAUUUCAGCUGCUCAAACCCAUUGAAACCAAUUCUUCCGGUGCAGAAGAUGCCAGUUCUGGGAGUUCUACUUCAGAAAAUGAUACAAAGAAGGCAGACAAACAAGUCCCCACUAUCAAAGCUGAAGAGGGAUUGAGAGAAAGACCAUCAAAAAAGAACCGGAAGAAGGAAAAGGAAACUGUGGAGAAGGUUCCUAAGGAAAGGGAAGCCACUGAGAAAGUUCUUGCCAAGUCUGAACGUGAAAAAAGGCUUCUGGUUUUACCUUUGGAGGCAUCUGCUGUUGCUAUCCUCAUGUUGAUCAUACUUGGAGCCUUCUAUGUGGUUCAUUGUGUCUGGGCGGCAGCAGAAGCAUAUUCUGCCCCUUCGAUUGUUUUGACAUCACGCUCUCACGAUGGACUGCAUGUUUUUGAUGAUUUCCGUGAAGCCUAUGGUUGGUUACGUCAUAAUACUGAGGUAGAUGACAAGGUGGCUUCUUGGUGGGACUAUGGAUACCAAACAACUGCAAUGGCCAAUCGCACGGUCAUUGUUGAUAACAACACAUGGAACAACACCCAUAUUGCAACUGUUGGCACUGCCAUGUCUUCACCUGAGAAACCAGCUUGGGAGAUCUUUAAUUCCUUGGAUGUUAAAUAUGUUCUUGUUGUUUUCGGAGGUCUUGUUGGUGCAAGUGAUGAUAUCAACAAAUUCCUCUUGGAUGAAAGUUUGCAUUGGGUGGUGUGUUCCUCGCAUCACAAAGGGCCUAUUGAUUACAUAUGGUUGCUCUACUAUACCAUGUCAAGCAUUGCCACAUUUGGAUUUGAAACCUCUGUUUUUGUCUAA